GGAUAUCAGCUUCUCUCUUUAUUGAGACUUGAGAGAGAUAUGGUUGACAAUGCAAGCAAUAAUUCAGACAAAUCAUACCAAAAGUACAACUUUGGAGGAGCUAGUAGUGGUUCAGGAGAAGAUGGCAUAAUAAAGGAGCAAGAUAGAUUGCUUCCAAUAGCUAAUGUUGGGAGAAUCAUGAAGCAAAUUCUUCCUCCAAAUGCAAAAAUCUCAAAAGAAGCUAAAGAAACAAUGCAAGAAUGUGUAUCUGAGUUCAUAAGCUUUGUAACAGGUGAAGCAUCAGAUAAAUGUCACAAAGAGAAGCGAAAGACUGUUAAUGGAGAUGAUAUUUGUUGGGCUCUUGCUACUUUAGGGUUUGAUGACUACGCAGAGCCACUCAAGAGGUAUUUGCAUAGAUACAGAGAGCAAGAAGGAGAGAGAGCUAGCAAUAAGGGGAGCAACAAUGAAGAAAAUGAUGAUUCCUCGAAUUGCAGAGGCGAUCAGCCAUGGAAAUCUGCGGUUCCUAGUGCUGCUCCAUUUCAGUUUGAUGCAAGCAAUAACAGUUCUGUUUCCAGGCGAUUUUGAGGUCUAAAUAUCAGGUAACGUAAUCUCUUAUUCUUAGAUUAAUUAAGAUGUUGAUCUUUGUAAGCUUAAAUCUGGUGCCAUCAUUGCGAGGGAAACUAGCUUGCUUGCUUGAAGCAUGUGGGACUUUAGUUGUUUCAAACUGGUGUCCGCCUGAAACUAAUUUUUCUGGUUUGUCUUUUUUCUUUUUCUUUUUUUCAACAAGUAUUUCCACAUCCUUCUGGUGUAUGUUUGAUUAAUUGUUGUUAAAAAUAUUUACUUUGCGUGGAAGAGGAAACUAAUUCCCUGUAUCUUAAUGAGAAUUUAUUUAUAAACUUUCACAUAAUUCACUCUUUUCUGUCUA